AGCAUAAGCAAAAGCAACCAAGUAAACGCAGGAAACUGGUUUAUAAUGUUGACAAUAAUUCUCCACAGGCAGAAAGCCCAGCUCUGCAACUUAACCCUCUGAUGACUGUUGGCUCUACUUGUCAAAAAGGUUGUGACGUAACGAGGUUCAUAAUUAUAAACUAUAGAAGAAAACGCAUACAACUUCAAAAAAAAUAUAGAAAAGUUCUGAAGUCUUCUAUGGAAAAAGAGAGUGUAAUAGGAAGCCUGAAAAAAGAAAACGAAGAGUUAAAGAAGAAAUUGAUAAAAUAUAGCGUUUUAGAAUUAGAGGAAACUCAAACUCGAAAAAGCGAAUUUCUGCUAGAGCAGCUAAAAUGUUUCAAGAUGCAGAAACCACGCUGGACUGAAAAAACCAUCAGAUUUUCAAUCUUGUUGCACAGCAGAUCACCAAGCGCAUAUAGAUUUAUCAGAAGUGAGGAGUUUCUUUCUUUGCCCUCAAAAUCUACAUUCAAAAGAUUUAUUGGUGCUACUACUGGCAACACCAUCUCCAGUUUGAUUAAGCAGCUCCUGAUAAUGGAAGCAAACCAGUUAACGAGAGAAGAACAGUUUUUCGGAUCCAUUAUUGUAGAUGAAAUGAGCAUCAAGCCAUCUGCAACUUACAACAAGCAAGCAGACGAACUUUUUGGACUCACAACAACUGAAAGUUCAAAGAUCUCAGAACUAGGAAUGGAGAAGAAGCUGGCCAAUUCGUUACUUUGCUUCAUAUUUACUGGGCUUUCAACCCACUUCAGGCUUCCUAUUGCUUAUUACUUUACAAGAGGUCUGACAGGUGAAGAGCUAGCCACCCUAAUGACAGAAGCUCUUCGAAGCCUUGAAGAGAUAGGUUUCAGGGUGAUUAGAAUAUCUGCAGACAAUCACAAAAUGAAUGUCAAGGCCUUUUCCAUUCUUGCUGGUGGACAACUUAUUCCUGUGAUUGUUCACCCUUUGGACCCAGCAAGAUCCUUAUUUCUGUCAUUUGAUCCUUGCCAUAUCCUUAAGAACUUAAGAAAUCAAUUAUUUUCCAGACCCCUACAUUUUCAAGGCCCAAUUAACGUUAUUUUCAUUAGAACUCUGUAUAAUUUGCAAAAGAGUAAUGUCAUUAAACUUGUGAAAAACUUAACACGGAAACACGUAUAUCCUUCAAACUUCGAAAAAAUGAAUGUCUCUAGAGCUGUAAAAAUAUUUAGUCUGGACACAAUAGCUGCAUUGAAAUUUCUUAAGCAAAAUUCUAAAAGAUUAAAUCAGCCACUAUUUCUAAAUUCAACUGACACAAUAGAAUUUUUAGAAAUCAUCAAUAAAUGGUUUACAAUUCUAAACGUUAAAAAUACUCAUCAGUACAUAACAUCAAGAAAUCCCGAUACAAUGCAUUUUUUUUCCAUAGAUGACGAAAGACUAACUUGGUUGGAAGAAGACUUCCUAAACUAUUUUCAAGAGUGGUCUGAAUUAGCUGAUUCUACUUCUUUUUUAAGUAAGGAGACUUACGAAGCUCUGAAAUUUACAACUGAAUCUACCGUAAAGUGCAUAAAAUAUUUGCUGGAGUCAGGGUUUCAGUAUGUCCUUACUCGAAAAAUGACAUCCGAUGAAGUGGAGUUAUUUUUUUCAGCCUUAAGGCAAAUGUCAGGAUCAAAUGAUGUGACUAAUGCAAAUAACUGCAUUCAAAAUAUUCAAAAAAUUUUAGUUACUGGUAUUGUGUCAGCAGCUUCGAAAGGCAAUGUAGAGUCAACAUCAAGCGAAUGGCUGGCUGAUUCUGAAGUUGUACAGAUUGAAGCAACAGAUGCUUGCUGUUCAUCUAGUCUGACGAACGAGACAAAUAAUCUGACUAGACCGAUGUCGCUGGAAGUUAACCAAAUGGACAUUGUUUCAGCAAACUCUUCACGAAGCUUGCCUGGACUAAGUGAUGAACUGAAGUUCCUGGAGUAUGCUCCUUCCGGUAUGCCCACAGUGUCUAUAGAAUCUGCAUCAGUCGCAUAUAUUGCUGGCUACGUCGUAUAUGCCGCAGAAAAAGAUAUUGAAUGCUUGUACUGCAUAGAGUCAAUCUCAACACAAGCCUGCCCUUCUCCUCUAAUGGGUUUAAUUCACAACAGUGACAGAGGUGGGAAAAAAUAUCCAAAACCAUCUUUUGUAAUGGUUUUAUUAAAGGUGGCAAAAUUUCUGAAGCAAAUUUUAAUACAUUGUGAAAGAAAACCCAAGCUUUCCAAUUACUUGUGCGAAAUAGUACUUCCACAUUUAUCAAAAAAUCCUAUCUUCAAAUGCAGAGAACCUACUCAUGCCGACAAACUUUGCAAACUUGCUCUGCAAAAAUUUUUAACACCUUUCCUUAAUAAUUAUGCUAAAGAUUAUAACGAAAAAUAUUUGGAAGCACAUCGAUUAAAUAUUAAAAAAAAGCUCAUUUCUAAAAAAAUUUUGAAAAUUGGACAGUGAAGUCCUUAUUCAAUUGAUAUAAUAUUACUUAUUCAAUUUAGCAAUAAUUAUUCAGUUCUUAUUUUAUAAAAUUCAUGUAUCAAUUAUAUUUAAGGCUUUGCUUUAUUGUGUAAAACAGAUUUGAUAAUGUGCAAAUGUUACUUGGGUAAAUCAUGUUGAAGAGUAACUUUAUCUACUGUUAUAGCUGUAUAUAUUCUUGUACAUAAAUUGUUGCUUUUGCUGUGGGAAAUUCGGGAAAUUAGAAAUAGCUGGAUCAAUUUUCAUAACAUUCAUGUAAUGAUUAACAGCUCAUUUGCUUCCUUGUUUCUAUUUUGUAAAAUUUAUAUUUCAAUUAUAUUUAAAGCUUUGUUUCAUUGUGUAAAACGGAUCUGAUUUUGUGUAAAUGUUUCUUGGGUUAAACAUGUUGCAGAGUAGAUUUAUCUACUGUUACAGCUGUAUAUAUUCUUGUACAUACAUUGUU